UUGUACUAGAGUAGUUUUCAGCUGGUUACAGAGGUGCUCACUUGUGCUUUUUGGUUCCGCUGGUGUUGUUGUGGGAAGGCAAAAGAAACAGCUGUGGAUGGUCUUCAGCAUCAUACCCAUUAUCAAUCAUCCAGAGGGCCAUUGUGGUCCUGUCCUGUAAACGGCGCCAGUGCAAGCAGGGAGGGAGACAGAGAAAGAAGAAGAGAGAGCCGAAGGAAGAAGGGGGAAGGGGGUAGGGUGGAUGCAGGGAGAACCAGGGAAGAGGAUGGUCGGUGAACUGCCUGGAUGCCCACCUCAGCUCCUCCUGUGGGUCUGGGGGGCUCUGCUGCUGUCUCAGUGUCUGUCGUUGGUGCUCUCCCAGGUCCCGGAUCCUGAGCUUUUACCCACAGAACCCCCAAAGAAGCCGGAUCCUGUCAAUUCAGAGACUGUCGUUUUCUGGGGACUCCGGUUAUGGCAGGUCAUAGGCAUCUUCUCAGUGUUUGUCUUGGCUGUUGUUAUCACCCUGUGCUGCAUUUUCAAAUGCCGGAUUCCAAGGACGAAAAAGGAAAUCGAAGCACGACAUGCACAACGACAGGCUGCCAAAAAAUAUGCCAACACAUUAGAGACAGUGCCACCUCUGAAUGAGCUGACUGAGGUCCCAGGAUCUGCAAAACCAGAAGAAAAGACUGAAGUUCCAUCUGUGUCUGGAAAAGUGGAUGCUGAUAAAGGAGAAAAGAGGAACAAGGAAGGGAAGAAAGACAAAAGUGCCAAAGAAGGGAAAGGAGAUGAAAAGGACGCUUCAACAAAAAAGAAGGGAGAAAAAGGAGAGAAAGAGGAAAAGGGAGCGUCCAAGAAAGAAGGUGGCGAAGGAAAAACAAAGAAGGUUGACAAAGGAGAAAAGAGCGACAGAGGCAAAGGAGGGGCUAAAGCAAGAAAUCCAAAAAAUGAACACUGA